UCACAGCUGUCAAUCAGAGUUGUCCAUAAAUCUGCGUGACUCCGUCAGCUUGGGGAACAUUGCGACAUUCAAAACACGAUCUCUCUUCAGGAUAUCGUCUUAGGUCCACUCUGUUCUCCAGCUGUGGGAGACGAGCUGAGUACUUUUAUCGCAAUCAGUGACAAACAUCGCUCUAGUCAGGACUCGACCUCACCUCCUUUAAGCUGGAUUCGAAAGUCCAGCGGUUAGUCCUGAUUCUCAGAGUGCUCUCAACGCCUUCAAGAUGUCGCAAGCGGCGCUGCUCCUCCUCCCUGACGGCGGGGUCAAGCUGUUUACGGAAAGAACCCGCGUAUCUGACAUUAUGAAAGAGCAUCCAGGCUUCGCCGUCGGCUCUUUCACCUCCGCUCGCGAAAACCUCCCCGCCGAGAAACUACUGCGAUCGGGCAGCAGUUACUUCCUCCAUCGGGUUACCAACUCGAUGGGGGGCUCUGACCCUGGGAACUCCGACGACGGAGCGUUCAGCGGGUUCCCGCGCACCAGGUCUUCCGCAAGCGCGCCGUCGAUACGUGGCGAGCCGCUCAGCCCCGAACAUUCCUCGCCGGAUCUUCGCCAAACGUCGCCAUCGCAAUCGGGUAGCGACAAUUUCCGUGGCUUCACGGGGUCGCUGAACCUCGUGAAAUCGUCGACCAUGAUCCCUCGCCGAGCGUCGCUAGCAAUUGAUACAUCCACUCGAGAAGUCUUAGCAGCAUUCGCGCACCACCACCACCAGCAACAGCCAAGGCAGGUCAAGCAGGAGCUGCAAACCGUCGCUCACAUCCCGCGGAACCCUCAAUCCGCGGGGAUUCCUAGGUCACCCCGCGCUGUUCGAUCCACCACUCCGUCUCUCUCGCCCUGUUCGUCCAUCACGCCAUCCCCUCGACAACUUUCGCCACGCGAGACGGCUAACGAUCUGCUGAGCCCGCGUUACCAGGAUUUCGCCGCGUGGUCGACAAGUACCACCUCAAGCUGUGCCGCGGACCUGACCAGGGUACAGUCCGAAACCUCCUUCCGUCCAGACACCAAUUUCGAUCAUAACCCUUAUCGGGAGGCUGGUAAAGCCGGUAAAUCCGCUACGACGGGCGUAACUGGAGUAAACAAGAGCGGCGUUCAGGGACGCAUUCUCAAGUGGAAGAUUCAAGACGACGCGACGUCUGAUGCCAGGGAAGGCCGACGCUUGAGCUGCGCAGUGGAUCUAACGGCUACGCGGCUACCGAUGGCGGGAUCCUAUGGCAAGAGUAGUGCUAGGGCAAGCAUAAGUGGAGUUCGUCCACUGUACGUAAGCGGGGGCUUCUAGCCUCUUUCUGUACAGCUGGUUCCUGCUGAUUCUGUAGUAGUUAUGCCCAUAUUCGCAUAGGGCGCCAAUAUGUGUGCACAUUUGUUAAAUAAAUGGUUACGUAUAUUCUGCUUUGAAACAUUGUUUGUUAUGAGGGAGACCGAAUCUUAGGAUGCAUAUUUCAUUAUUAUUUUAAAG